CAUAAGACCCACAGCCAUUGAAAACCACCAUGCCAAUAACCUCACUUGGCCUCCAGUAUUCUUUAAGAACCAUCACUCGCAUCUACUAUGCAGGAGUCAACACCUGCAUGCCUUCCCAAGCAUGAAUCACCUCCAGGAGAAGUCAUUCGACAGCUGGAAUGAAUCCGACGACCUCGACGUGUUCGAGGCGACGCGGUACUUCUCCGGUGCAAUCGAUGGCACGGGCCUGCAGGUAGGUGGAUUUGGCUCCCAUGGAGCUGUGACGGUUGAAGAUAGGGUGCCGAGCAGCGCGCAGAAGGGACACUUAGAUGAGAGACAAAUAAGCAGCAGUUCCUCGCUGAUGAAAGACAAGAAGUGCAAGCAGCCCAGCUCUCCCGGUGCUAGGUUAGUCGGCCUACUCAACUCUUUCCUCCAUCAAGCGGCUUCCGGGAGGAAGCUCAAGUGUUUGAACCCCACCUCGACGACCAGAGAGCCACCGGAGGAGGGGGAUGCGAAGGAGGAGAAUAGCCUUGGGGGGAGAGAGAGAAGAAGAAGCAUCAGCCGUUCCCAAAGCACCAACAGCACUGGUUCCAAAUCCAGCAAGUUCUGUGGCAGCAGCAGCUUUACGAAUCCAGACUUGUAUCCAUACAAUUACCGUACUACUCCAUCGAUCAGUUACAAGUGCAACAGGGGCCAAAAAUCUGUCACCUUCUGCCCACGAAUUGAGGCAUGGAGAAGCACAAGCAUCACCGAGCUGCUGCACAACAGUGGAGUACAAAAGGAAAAGGAUUACGGACUCCACGGAAUUAGAACCGAGGAGAGAGAUGCGCAUGACAGGGAGAACAAAAAAUGGGUACUGAAUGACCCCGGCGAUCAGUAUCCGGGAAGAGAUUGGUUCGGGGAUUAUGAUCUUCCAUUGCCAGGGGUAAGAAAGAACUCGAUCAGAGGGGAAGAAGACGAGGAGGAGGAGGUGUCUGACUCCAGCUCCGAUCUGUUCGAGCUGAAGAUCUGUGAUCAUGCUGUCCUCUCGGACGGCUUGCCCGUCUUCGCAACUACAGACAUCGAAGUCAUCAACAGAGCAAGUACUGCAUCUUAGUUAGCCAUCUUGUUUCUCUCUCCCUCAUCUCUCCAACUCCUCUUCUCUGUAGAUUUGGUGUGAGACAUGUUGGAGUGGCUGGAGCUUUUGAUGUGAAGCAAUGGUGUUCCUUUAAAUGUUCACUACUUUUUGUUUAUCCUC